ACAAACGUUUGACUUCAUAAUCAGUCUAAGACACUUAAUAGGAGUUAUAUAAGUGUUAUUCAAACCGCAAAACGUUGUUUUCGGUUUAAAAACCCUACUUCCUCGGAAAAGCCUCGGAAUAUUCCGAGGAAAUUCCGAGGAAAUUCCGAGGAAAAACAAGUGUUCCUUAGAAUUUCCUCGGAAUAUUCAGAGGCUUUUCCGAGGAAACAGAAACCCUAAAAGCAAAGCUCUGAAUCGUCGGAAAAGUCUCGGACUAUGCUGAGGAAAUUCCAAGGAAAUAUGAUUUCCUCGGUAUUUCAUCGGUAUAUUCCGAGGAAACUCAAGGUUUCCUCGGAAUUUCCUCGGAAAUUCAUCGGAAUAUACCGAGGAUCUCAUUUUCCGUCAAAAUGUCCGUCAGAAUUACGCUGUUUUCUUGUAGUGUGAGAGUCUGGAUCGUCACCCAACUUCUCCACCUUCUGUUCAUGACCACCAUCUUGUAUCUUCUUGUAUCUUCAACUCAAAGAUCCUUCCUUUCUUCAUAUCUACUAAGCGUCAAACUUUUGACACCAUUUCAUUUGUAACCGAAUGAGAAUUACUUUUGGCUAAUCUGGCUCGUUGGAGUUAGGUUAGCCAAGUCUCUCCAUACACCUUUGCUUCCAAGGAGAAUCAUCAUCUGGUCCGAUAGAGAACGAUGAGGAACUAAGAACACACGCUAUGGCUUCAUUUUUUAUCUUUUUAUAAAAACUGAAACCGCUUCAGUUUUUAUCUUCUUCUAAAAACUGAAACCGCAUAGUAAUAGUUUCAAAGUUUGGGUUUGAGCUGAGAAGAGAGCUAUGGACUUGCAAAAGCUUCAACCAAGUUGUGAUGAUGAACUGGAUCUGAUACUAUAUAAGAUUUUGUUGAUUAUAAUUUUUUUAUGGCUAUGUGAUCUAAUUUUUUUUUAUCUUUAUAUUCUAUCUAAAAUUAAGAAUUUUAGAAAUGUCAAAUAGGGUCAAUUUGCAUCCAGUAACCCAACCUGCCACAUACUUGAUUUUUGGGUUCGUGUUGACCGGCCUACUUGUACAUAAUUCGCGGGUAAUUUAUUGCUUUUUAUUAUGAAAUGUUGUUACACGUGUCUAAAUAAGAUUGUUUAUAAGUUAUGAAAAUAAACUAUUAAGUAUUUAUGUUGGCGCCCUCUAAUUAUCAAAAUCUUGCUUUAAGAAAAAGAGGGUAGAAGAGUAGUGUCUCAAUCUUCUUCCUCGUCGUUCGUUCCUCGCUGCUCUCUCUAGGGUUCUAUUUUUCCUGCAUGAUAGCUUCUGUUUCUAGGUUAAGUUUCCAUCGUUUUCUUCUUACUCAUCCGAAAUUGAGGUUUUCUAAUUCCUUCUUCUUCUUCUGGGUUUUUUUUCUCAUUCGUCUCUCGAUAAAUGGGUCUUUCUUCGUCGUCGUGGGUUUUGUUUGAAAUGCAAAAAGAAUUUAACUUUGUGUUUACUUUCAAGUUCUUGAAAAUUUGUAAUCUUCUUGACCCUUUACGAAAAGAUCCCAUCUUGACCUUGUUUUUUGAUCCUCUGUUCGUGCUUCUUCGGUUGAUCAGUUUCCAUUUGAUAUCCCUUCUUACCCUUGGUUCAGAAUCAAUCAGUGUCUAGGAUCAUCAGCCAUCUCUUUCCAUAUACAAUGUUCCCUGGCGAAGACCGUUGGUAUUUUUCAAGAGAAGAAAUAGACAAUGACUCACCAUCAAGACGAGAUGGUAUCGAUUUGACGGAAGAAACUAGCCUGCGCAAGGCAUACUGUUCAUUCUUGAAAGAUCUUGGUCGCAGAUUCAAACUUGACCAGGUAACAGUAGCCACUGCUAUGGUAUUCUGUCACAGAUUCUUCCUUCUUCAAUCACACGCAAAGAAUGACAAAUGGGUAAGUUUAGUUGGACCAUGUAGAGAUCAAGCUUUUGGUUUGAAUAAAAGUGCAUUUGAUAAUGUAGUUAGUUCUGAUGCCUUUUGCCUGUUUACGCUUUCACUCCAGAUAAUUGCAGAAGUCUGCAUGUUCCUUUCUGCCAAGGUUGAGUCUACUCCAGUGGAUUUGAAAACCCUCAUUAUUACUUCUGAAGAGAUCUUACACAAGAAGGUUAUUGCAGCUGAGGAGAGACAGGGAGUAUAUGAACACUACAAAGGGAUUGUAUUAAUUGGAGAGAAGCUUGUUCUUUCUACACUCAACUUUGAUCUCAGUGUUGAUCUUCCUUUUGACCUUCUUGUCCAAGCUAUGAAAAAAUUCAUCCUUGACACGGCUACUCAGGGGACAUUUCCUCCAGCUGCAUGGAAAUUUGUCAAAGAUAGUUUCUGGACGACACUCUGCCUACAGUAUCAGCCUCGUCACGUAGCAGCUGGUGCUUUUUUCCUCGCUGCCAUGCACAUAAAAAUGGACGCGAAAUCACAUGGAGAGAGCUGGUGUCAACAUUUUGAUAUCACGCGUCGUCAACUAAAUGAUAUCAGGGGCCAAAUGGGUGAGCUUUAUUAUGGGAAAAAGCCUAUUCCUACAUUUACAGGGAGCAUAGGGGAAACAAGUAACAGUGGAGACGUAGUGCAGCAGCAACCUGUCCCUACGGAUAAUUGUCCAAGCUCUGUAAUUCAAGGAGGCUCAUCGAGUGUCGCUGAUGGUUCACUGCAAGAUCAGUCGUGUCCCGAAGGAGUUGAAAAGGACAGCCCAGACCGUGAAGCUGGAGAUAAUCAAGAAGAAAGUUGAUGUCUGGUCGUUGACUAUGGUGAAAUAGUGGUUUUAGAUUUUUAGGUGGAAGAAGGUUUUGUUCAUGGAGAUAACUAAAAGCUUUAGUGGUAUAUAGUAUACGGUGAGUUUGGGGAAACAACUAUUACAGCAUCCAACACUAGAUGGUUUUAGUUUCAAGAUUUUUGGUUUGGGGUUUUCAUUACUUCGCUUCAUGCUUAACCGUUAGUUUUUAGUCUUAACCAAUUGUAAAUAGUUUACAAAAAAAAAAACAAUUGUAAAUAUAAAUACAAGUUAUGAAAAGAAAAUAUAAAUACAUGUAAAAUGUUCUUUUUCGUUUCUUCAAAAUUACUAAUGAAAUUUAUUGGAUCAUGAUGAUUUUUUUUGUGAACACUCGCAUUUUUUCAUUAAUAUACAUGAGAUGCACACAUACAAUAUAUAUAUAUAUAUAUAUAUAUAUAUAACGUGUGUAUUUGUAUGAUGGAAACGUAUUUUCUUAGAGCUCGCUCUCGUAUGCCAACCAAAUUCAUUAAUUCGUGUAGUUGAUUCAGCCAAUAUAUAUUUUUGAGAGCUCGCUAUUAGUAGAGCCGAUCAAAUUCAUUAAUUCGUGUAGUUGAUUCAGCCGAUACGAUCCGGUUGUAUGUGUUUUGGAUUUCUACAAAAUAAAUCAUCUAUAUUCGCAAAGAUGGAAGACUUUGAAAAGUCAAGAUGUCUUAAGUCUUUGUAUAUUAUGGUAAGUUAAAGGUUGGUCUUUAAUUAAUGGGAAGAUAAUAAUAAUAAAAAAGGUUAUAAAUAGGUAUAAACUAAAAAUGGAAGGAAAUACUCCUUACGUUUCAUUGAAAUAGAUUUUUUAGUAAAAAAAUAUUAUUUCACAAAAAUGUAAUUUUUAUAUUUUCUAUGAAAAAAUUGUAAAUAUUUUAAAAAUUAAUUAAAAUAUUAUUUGUUAAAAGUUAUUGAAAAUUAAUAAUUACAGAAAAUAAUAUAUUUAUAUUUGUUUAAUCUGUUUUUUUAAUAUGUGUGAAAAUACUAAAAAAAUUAUUUUUGUGGAACGGAGGGAGUAUAUGUUUAAAUUUAAUUUUUCCUUAACUUUAGUUUUUGGGAAUUAAGAUGUUCAAAUUUUAAAUUUAUGCGUGUUUUCGGAUGUAACUACUUUUAUUAAUUAAGGAAAAAUCUUAAUAAUUGUUAAUGGAAUAGGAUAUCUAUACUAUACUAAAAGGGGGAUAUAAGCCAUGGAGAGGGUGUCCACAUAGGAUAGAAAAAUCAACCAAUCAGAGAACCCGAAAUUGCCAUAUCAUCUCAUUUAUUUUUCGUAAAAAAUAAAAAAAAACAAUGCGAAGAUGAGAAUCGAACCCAGGUUGGUAUGAUAUAUAUAUAGGACAGUUACCACUAAGCCAUUGACACUUUCUUGGACACAUAUAAAGAACCACUAAGUAUAUAAUCACAAACUUUUAUGUACAUUUACAAUAAUAUGAAUUCAACUUUCAAGACUCCGAUACUUUGUUUUGUAAAAAAAAAAAAGUAAGUGGCUAAGUUAAUAUAUUCUUA